AUGCUCUCUCCAGGCAAGAUACAAGGUGGGCUGCACUUAAAGGAAAGACGAGAGUACGCCUCUUUAACUUCAGGGUUAAUUUCAAUUGUGGGCAUAAUUUUCUGUUUCGUGAUGAUAUGCAUCGCACUUAACGACUGUUUCUAAAAAAAAUAUAUGGAGUCUGAUGUUGAGCAAGGGUCCUUCAGUUUCGAUAAACUUUAAUAACUAGAUAAAUUGAUUGAAAGACUUGACAUCCUAUCUGAAGUCACAACAACUGAUGCUGAUUUCUGCAAAACUCAAACUCAUUCUGGUUACUUGCUCAAAGGAGGAACCUAUCUUAAAUUAGAUGUUGAAUGCUCUCUAAUAGGUUAAUCUCUAACAUACUAUAAAUACAACGUAAAAUUCGCAGCAAGUCAGGAAAAAGGUGGUGAGAUGAUUGAUGAAACCUGGAUACUAGACCUUAGCUUCACUUGCGACCCUUUAUCAAAAUGCAAAAAUGACCCUGCUCUUAGUUACAACAUCUACCUUAAUGAUUACUAUCUGAAUAAUGAUAAUGAGAUCUACAAGGAUAGACAGAAAUUCGAAUCAAAUAAGGACGGUACUGCUCUUUUCUACAGAGCCAAGCCUGUGCAAGUCAAAACUACCUCCUCAUUAUUUAGUCGUGAUCCCACCUAUGAUAGAGACUUGUAUUUUAGCAGUGACCUGGAUUAUACUCAAGACUAAUCUCUCGAUGAUUAUACUUUCUAGGUAAAGAUAACCUAGACUGAUCAGACUUAAUUGUGGACAACUGUAUAGAAAUAUCCAAGAAGUUUCGCUUACUGUAUGGUAUAGAUUGGCGGCUACAUCGGAUUCUUUGGAAUAUUCGUCUGUUUCAUCAAACUUAUGAACUAUUUCAGUUUCUAAAAGGAGCUCACCAGACUCCACAUGAGGUCAUUGAACUAUGAUAUCGCCUAGAAGCCAAGUUAAAAAGACAUGCCAGAGAAUAUUUAUACUUAUGAAAACUUCAUCGAAAUGAAAAACUUUAUGGAUAGGUUGAAGAAGAUACCAGAGAUCUAAAAGUUCUUAGACGAUGAAAAGGGAGAGAAAAAUCACUUGAAUCAGUACCUAGAUGAUGGAGAACUCAGACUUUACAGAAAAAGCACUCUUGGAAGAAGCUCAGUUAGAUCUCUAGAGUGA